AAGUGGUGCUGGCGGCCGAGGGAGUGAGUGGGAAGCGGAGACAGAGUGAGGUGGGGUGGCUGGCCGAGCAACCGACCGACUGGCGUCUACUCCCCUCACUCCCGUUCUACGGGGCGGAGAGAAGGUGAUUUCCAUCGCGUGGGAGUGCCGCCGCCCCUCCUCCUCCUGAAAGCGGGUCUCUGGCUGUGGCAGGUGUGGCAUUAACUGAUUUACAAGAUUAAAAAAUGACUGAUGCCAGUGAGAUGUUGGCUGCUGCCUUGGAGCAAAUGGAUGGUAUCAUUGCAGGUUCAAAGUCUUUAGACUACUCAAAUGGCUUGUUUGACUGUCAGUCACCAAACUCCCCAUAUAUUGGUGGGCUGCGUGUAUUACACCUAGUUGAAGAUCUUCGUGGACUGCUAGAGCUAAUGGAAAGUGAGGAAAAAGAUGGAUUGCGGUCUCAAAUACCAGACUCAACUGCAGAACUCCUGAGUGAAUGGUUACAGAGCCAUCUGACAAAUGGCCAUAUCUCUGUAACCGGUGAUGCAUACCAGGAUAGACUGGCACGAUUAGAAGGAGAUAAAGAAUCCUUGGUUUUGCAAGUGAGUGUUCUAACAGACCAGGUGGAAGCCCAAGGAGAGAAGAUUCGAGACCUAGAGAGUUGUCUGGAUGAACACCGAGAGAAGUUAAAUGGCACAGAAGAGAUGUUACAGCAGGAGCUCUUGAGCAGAACAUCAUUGGAAACUCAGAAAUUGGAUCUAAUGGCUGAGGUGUCAAAUCUGAAGAUAAAGCUGAGUGCAUUGGAAAAGGAUAGAUUGGAAUAUGAAGAAAGGUAUAAAGAUACUGAGUCAUUGUUUAACCUAAUAACAGAGCUGAGACAGCAGAUGGAGAAAGUGGAAGUGGAGCUAGCAUUAUUCCAGGAAAAGAGGUCACGGUUUGGUGAUCAAGAGGGGUUAUUUCAAGAAGUUAAUGAUCUAAGAGUAAAAGUGGUUGAAAUGGAAAGUGAAAAAAUGCAGUUUGAAAAGAAACUGAAAUCAACCAAGGAUGAGCUGGUGCAGCUGAAGGAACAGUUGGAACAGAAAGAUGCUGAGAUCAAGAGGCUAUGUUCUGAAAUGAGUUUCAAAACUGAAAUGGAUGAAAGUGACAAUGGGGCAGAGGAAAGUUAUAAAAAGAAGCUGAAGGAAAAAAAUCUUGAAGUAUAUAAAAUGAAGAAAGCAGUUGAAUCGCUAAUGGCAGCAAAUGAGGAAAAGGAUCGAAAGAUAGAAGAAUUGCGACAGUCCUUGAAUAGGUAUAAGAAGGUGCAGGAUAUGGUGAUGUCAGUGGCUCAUAAGAAAGUGAAAGAAGGUGACAGUGAUGAAAGCCUGAAUGGGGGAUCUGCGGGAGUUAACAUCAGUGAAACCUUGGAAAUGGAAUUACGUUCUCCAACUACACCAACCCCAGCAGCAGAGGGAAUGCCAGCAGCAGAGCCAGUUGAAAUCCACACUAGCAUCCUUCAAGUGCCAAUUCCCGUAGUGUCAUCUACUCCUAAGACUCAUGCUCCACAGGUAGAUAAGAAGAUGGACCCUGAAGUUGAAGCAACAUCUGAUAUUGGUGAAAUACAGCCAAGUGACAUCUCUUCAUUAAUUGAAGAAACUGUCAUAUGUGACAGUCCUAUAUUGUCAGAAGUAUAUACGUUGGGCAGUCAGGAGAAACUGAGAAUGGAAGAGGAGAACAAGAAAUUAUCUCUGGAACCUGUUCAGAGCCCAUUGGAGAAUAAAGCCUGUAUGGAGAUCAGUAAGUUUGCAUCUCUGCCACCAAAGCCACCAAAUGGACAUCAAAAUUCUCUGGAUGAUGAAAGUGCAGCUUCAAAAAAAGCCAGAGCUUCUUUUGGCCGUGGAUUUUUUAAGAUCAAAGGUGGCAAGCGAACAGCUAGUGCACCUAACCUGGAUCGCAGUCGAAGUGCAAGUGCACCGAUGCUAGCUGAGACGGAGAGAGAAUUGGAGCGUGUGGAUAGUGCUGGUGUCCCACUGCGUGCAGCAGAGGCUGACGGUUGUCAGCUAUUUCCAAAUUCCCCAGAAUUGAAAAAGAAAUCAAAAGGAAUUAAAAGAUUGUUUGGAAAGCUUAAAAGAAGUCAGUCAACCACCUUUACUCCUGAUGAUAUGACUGAUUCAGAUUUCAAGAGAGGUGGAACCAGAAGUACAUCAGGUCCCAAACUUGGCUGGUCCCGGGAUCUGCAGAAUACUAAAACUGAUCUGGAUGCUCCAUUUGCAAAGUGGACCAGAGAGCAAGUGUGUAACUGGCUGGAUGAGCAAGGAUUAGGCAUGUACGUAAGUGGUUCCAAAUCCUGGAUCACUUCAGGCCAGACUUUGCUGCAUGCAUCUCAACAGGACCUGGAAAGGGAGCUUGGGAUCAAGCAUCCUCUGCACAGAAAGAAGUUGCAACUAGCUCUGCAGGCAUUUGGCUCUGAAGAAGAAGAUAAUAAGGGAAAGCUGGAUUACAAUUGGGUGACAAGGUGGCUGGAUGACAUUGGAUUACCCCAGUACAAGACUCAGUUUGAUGAAGGAAGAGUUGAUGGUCGAAUGCUCCACUAUGUGACUGUGGAUGACCUGUUGUCGCUAAAGGUUGGAAGUGUUCUCCAUCACCUCAGCAUCAAGAGGGCAAUUCAGGUUCUCCGAAUAAAUAAUUUUGAAGCUAAUUGUCUUCGUAGAAGACCAUCUGAUGAGAAUAACAUCACCCCCGCUGAAGUCUCCCGGUGGACGAAUCACCGAGUGAUGGAAUGGCUACGCUCGGCAGAUUUGGCAGAAUAUGCACCCAAUUUGCGUGGUAGUGGUGUGCACGGUGGAUUAAUGGUUCUAGAACCUCGUUUUAAUGUGGAAACACUAGCGAUGCUGCUAAACAUCCCUCCCAACAAGACACUACUUAGACGACACUUAGCUACUCACUUUAAUUUGCUGGUUGGUCCUGAUGCUCAGCAGCAGAAACGAGAGGCUGUGGAAUCCCCAGACUAUUCUCUCCUAACAGCCACUGCCAAAGUAAAGCCAAGAAAGCUGGCAUUCAGUAAUUUUGGAAGCUUGAAGAAACGGAAACAGGAUGAAGAAGAAUAUGUAUGUCCAAUGGAAUUGGGACUUCCUGCAGGAACUGGUUUCAGACAAGGAAAUAAACAGACACGGGGAAUAGACAUACGAGUAUAUAAUGAUGAAGACUUGGACAGGAUAGAGCAGAUGGAUGAUUCUGAAGGAACAGUGAGGCAAAUUGGAGCGUUCUCUGAGGGAAUCAAUAACCUAACACAUAUGCUAAAGGAGGAUGAGAUGUUUAAAGAUUUAAGUGCAGGCUCUCCAUGCACCAGCAUGACUGAUGAGGAUUCAAACGUGUAAUUGUGCAUCAGAACUCGACACCUUGAAUAUGGACCCAGCUUUUUAUGGAAGCUCUUAGACCAACACUACUAAAUUUUAAAUUUCUGUGCUACGAAUACAUUAUGCAAAUACAUAACCGCAUACAUUGAAUUAUUUCUCCUGUUUGGAAAGAUCUUUUACCUACACAUUUUGCAGAAAAAAUGCGAUCGUUAUGUUAGAACCGUUGGACUACAGUCCUUUUCAUGAAAAGUAAAUUCCGUACGUUUUGAAUUUAAAAUUCAUGUUUUAUCAGACUGUUGAUGCCAAUAAUUUAUUUUUGUAGGUUGAUUGUACAGUGGUUCAGUACAGUAUUAAAAGCCAAUUCUUGAAUGUUUUUUUCAUCAAGACAUUGGAGAAUUUUUAAUGAGAGACGUGAAGAGCUUAAAGUGCUAGUGUCCUCUGGUGGCCUGAUUACUGAACUGUCUCCUGUAGUCUGGUCUGACCUCCAAACCCAAUAAAUUGGGUUCAGCAGCCAAAAAAAACUCUAGUUAUGAGAGUAAAGCAAUAUUUCCAGAAUGCCUUAAAUAACCAAAAAUACUGCCAUUUUGUUAAUGUCACUUAUUUUACAUUGACUUUGCCUUGUCCUGCCACAAUACAAAUUUUGUACCUUUUUGUAAUGUCUUUCUAAAUGGCAGGUAAAAGGGGAUGUUUUAUAACAAGCAACUUGUACUGAGAUUACUGACAAGCGCAGUGAUUUAUGUUGAUGUAGGGAUUGCAUACCAGCUGGUUACUGGCCUAGAAUCCACACAGAAUUUAUCAAAAUGUUUCUCAAAAUGUGAGGUUUGAAGUACUGUAAUUACUGUUUUGUAAUCUGAACUGCAAUUAUAAUCUAGGAAGUCUUAACAGAAGUUGACUGUUGGGUUGUAACCAUGUUCUUUUAAGUAUCUGGAUAUUUUAAAUGGUACAUGCCACAUUGUAAGAACUAUUCCCAUUUCUUAACCAGAAGGUAACUGGAGAUCAUGUUAUUGAUCAGUGUGAACACUUUAACUGGCUUAAGCAAUUUGAUUUUGCUUCAUCAUAUGUCCAUCAGUAUCUCUCAAUUCACUUGGAUGGCUAAAUUGUGUGGAAAUUACAUCAUAAUCUGAGUCUAGCUCAGUAUCAGUUUAAAAUCGAUUGUCGACACCCAUCCUGUCAGUGGACUGAGAUUCUUGCUAACCUCUUGCCGUGCAUCAGUGCUCUAGAUUAGUUGCAUUUCUAAUGCAGAAAUGUUAAUCAAUGUAACAUGGAAUCCUGAACAAAUACUUUUCACAGAAUUAUGGACAUUGAACGUGAGCCCUUUCUAUGCAGCAAUUUGUAAUUGUUCUGUAUUGCAUAAUGCAUCAUUGUAAUACUUAAUUUUGUUUCACAAAUAUAUAUUUUAGCCAAAAUUUAUGUUCAUACGACUUUAAAAUUUAAAUAAUCAUCUUAUUUAAACAUCAGGAAGAAAACUAAUCUUUAAAAGCUACAGCUUCCUGUUUGCUCAAGUCUCUGAACACUAUAAUGUGUAUUUUUUUACACUUCAAAUAUGAAAAACAAAUUACAUGAGUGCCAUUGAGGGGAAAAAAACCCAUAAUUUUGAGGGUAAUGUACUGGCAGCCAGGGAAUCUCUAAAGCAAGGACAUUUUCAAAACAUCUGAGUCACUUGUUUGAAUCUGGAAACUGUAGCCCUGCAUCAAACCUGGUGUUCAAUGUGCUUUAUAUUACUUUAUUUAUUUCACUGUUAAUGAUGCCAUUUUUCUGCCAUAUACUUUAAUGUUGAGGGUUUCUUGUGCAAUGUUUGUGGCAUAUUUAUAUAUGUAUUUAGUAUGUUAAUUUCCAUUGAUAACAUUAACUUGAGAACAGUGGCUUUUUUGCAAGAUAUUGUUGGGCUCCAAAGUGUUCUAAAAAAAACUCAAGAUUCUUGCACCAGCCUCCAAAACAUGAAAACUCAUUUUAGUGGCUGGGUGAAUUUCCUUUCUGUUCCUGCCUUAAAAUAGAGUUGACUUUUGAUCAUUGCAUUCUGUGAAGGUGCAUUAUGGACAAAUUUUGAAACAGGUACAGUGUGUGCCUCAGUAACUUCCCAUAAUAUCCUUGGAAGCAUUUUUGGUCUCCAGUUUGGUUUACUGGUCAAGCUUCUUUGAACGCAAUGUCAAAAUCAUCAUUUAUUCAGAAUUAAUGUUUCAAAUAAAAAUAAAAUAUUGCAUAAUGCA